AAAGCUGUCAUGAAGUACAAACGACACAAAGUUUGAUGUUCCAAUAAGUUUCUUGAUCAUGCUGGUUCUCUUUUUUGUUUGAUUCAAAUUGAGUACAACGGCAAUAGUGUUUCAGAACUGCUGCAAUGAACUACAGCAGCCUCCUCUUCCACCUGGCAUGUGUCAAUGUUGUCUUCCUCACCGUCCCCAUUCUUGCCGGAGAAGAUUUCUACAAUUUGCUGGGCGUGACCCGUGGUGCCAAUACAAAAGAAAUAAAGAAGGCAUUCAGAAAGAUGGCGCUAAAGUACCAUCCAGAUAAAAAUAAGAAGGACCCAGAAGCAGAGAAGAAGUUUGUGGAAAUCGCCAAAGCAUAUGAGACCCUAGUUGAUCCUGAGAAGAGGAAAAUAUACGACAGAUAUGGUGAACAGGGUCUAAAGGACAAUCAAAAUGGUGGCGGGGGCUCACCGUUUGGAGACUUCAAUUUUGAUGAUUUCUUUAAAGGUUUUGAUUCAUUCCAUGAUAAGCAACACCAAGAACAUCAUAAAAACUUUGGUGGAUUUAAUUUUGAGGAUAUUUUUGGAGAUGACAGUAAUGGUGAUGGGUUUGGUAGCUUCGACUCUUUCUUCGGAGACCAUGAUAGUGGCUCAGACAGUGAUGGAUUUGGACCAUCUCUUGAUGACAUGUUUGGUUUCGAAUCUCAUCAAAAAAAGCAACAUGUGCGUACAGAAAAAUAUAUGAGUAAUAAUGGGCGCUGCCGAACGGUGACCAAGAGAGUGGGCAACACUGUGAUGACACAUACAGAGUGUAGUUAGGGAAACAACAGACAUCAACCUUUGUUGGACUGAGGACAUUUGAAGAGGCUUUCCAAGUGUUGAAAACCAUACAUCAACACCUGUUGAUAAAUUGAUUUUUAUAAAAUUUAAAAAAUGAUCACAUCUCAUUGUAAAAUGGUUAAAGAUUUACAAGAUUUUCAUAUGUUUUUUUAGUUUUUUCUUCUGGAUUUUUGUAGUAUUUUUCUCCAAAGUUGCCUUGGUGCUCAAAGUUUGAUCGGUCGUGGUGGUAAACGGAUGAAUUUCAUAUGUAAUCGAGUUGUACAUACUUAUUGUAAAUAAUGUUAGAAUUCUGAUAAGUUGAGUGGUCAUGUUCAGUCACCAUACACAGCUGUGUUGGUGAUGUACAUGUAUCCGUACAUUGAAUACGCGAAACCUGGAAGUAUUCCUGGACAUUAAUUUUGUUAACGCGAAAAAUGUAAAAAAAGGUCAAGAACAUUUCGGGGUUUCCAAGAACAGAAACUGAUGGUUUUGAAUGGACUCCCCAUUGGGUUGUCCAUUGGGUAACCCACCGGUGAUUCUCCCACGUUCAAAACUUUUCACACUGCCAGUUUUCAUACGUGUCCUGUCUGAAAAUUGAUUAGUUUAACUCAUUACAACAUAGCAGCUGUGUGUGCAGUGGAUCAUGUUCAUGCCAUCAAUCAGAAAGGUACGCAUGUAUUGACUGGUCCACAUACAUUUGUUUACAGUGUACAAUAUCUCUGUUCUUGAAUUUCACUCUGUUUAUAUGCUCCUUUAGUGCAAGGAGCAUGUGGAUGGUCCUGGUUUACAAGGACGGGUAUAUGAUCAGUUAGCAUCCAUGUUUUUAAAGCCUUGAGGAUCUUAGUUUCCAAAUGGUGUCACAACUGUUGUUCAAUAGUUAUAUGGAUUAUUGUCAACAAUGUACUUAAAGAGCUGACGCAUUGUCCUCUGUUAUGGUUACCAAUCACAACAAUGAUCAUGUUGCAGAAUCAAUUAUCUUUUAAAGUUGCUCUCUCGAUAUGGCGCAGUGGUUGGGGCUUAAAAUGUGUUUAUGAAACUAUUGAAAUAUUGAAUGAGGUGUAUUGUAGAAUAUUCUAGAAAAUCAUUGUCAAAAGUUGUUAAUAAAAUUGAUGUGAAGGGGAUUUGAAUUUCAGUUGAAACCGUCUAAUGAGGACACCCUUGGCAUUGAGAAUGCUGUCCUAUCUACAGAGGUGUCCUGAUUUCAGCAGCGAAAUGAAGUUCAAGAAAUCCUCCACAGAGCAGUUGGUCUUUAUCUCCGCCAUGGAGUAUAGUCCCCCGGUUGGUAAUAUGCAAAUUCAUUUUUAAUAUGUAAUUAUUAGUCAUGAUAAAUUAUGUAACAUAUCAUAAGAAUUGCUCAAUAAAUGUGCUAUUUUGCCCUUCAGCAGUUCUUUCUACAGCUGCUCUGGUGUCACAGCUUAUUUUAAACACCGGUACCAAGAGCAUUUUGUAAUUCAUUCUUGUUGACAUAUUGUAUAAGACAGAUUUGUAAAGUGUGUUGAAAAUUAUUUGACCAUUUUUGUGUCUCACUAAGAAAAAUGUGAGAUAUGUCUGAGUUACACUGUAAGUGGAAUACUCAUUGGAGGUGAAAUUGAUUUGGGAGGUUAUUGAAAGAUACCAAAAUGGUCAAAUAGAGUUUUGUCCUAAGAAACUUAGUUUUGGUCUAGUUUUUCAAGUUUUUGUUCAGUAACUUAAAAAUAGAUUUGGCAAAUACACCGGAUAGUGGCAGAAUACUUUUACAGCUUUGUGCGAGAGAAACUAUGUAUAGAUCUGAAUUUGAAUCUGGUUCUUAGUGUUUCUGGUCAAUGACUGUUACAUCUUGUGUGACAGUGCUUGGCAUUUGAACGAGUUUGGUGCUCUUUUGUAUCAGAUCUUUGGCAAUAUAGGCAGGAACUAUUUGGACCAGAUAUAAGGUGACACACAAUUCCUGAUAGGUGUCUGUAUUGUCUCAUAGUGCAUUGGCUCUAUUAACACUUGUACAAGGAAUGUCCUGGCUCCAUUUAACUCAUUAACUGCAAUAUAUAUGUCACAUGAAGACCAACAAAUUUUCCCAAGGUUCCUGCCUAUUAUAGCCCUCAUCAACGAUAUUUUAGAAAGCAAACACUAAUUAUAUUUAUC